AUGCAUUCGAAUGGUUUAUCAAGAUAUCAAAGACAGGGUGAUACUGGGGUUGGUUUUCUAUUGUUCUCCCUUGCUGUUCUUUAUGUAUUUUCCAAGCGAAUUGGAAUACUUACCUUGCAGAGAAAGGUUACCGGGGCCAUAAAAGCUGUUAUGAAGGGACAUGCAGAGCUAAGAUCACAAGCUGUUGCAGAGGACAUGAAUCUUCAUCAAGUUAUAGUUGAUCAUUUUCAUAAUAACAAAUGCUGUCAAGCUGUUCAGAAACACUUGAAGACAUUUUGUCAUCGCGAGAGAAAGAAGACUAGAGAUCACAAUGUGGAGCAUAUAGAUCUUGCAAGUGCAAAAGGCAUUGAAGACAAGCAUCUUAAGCUUCUUAAAACCAAGACACAAGGAAUGAGGCCUAAUGUUAUUCCUUAUGAGAGUGUUCUUUCCGCUUUGACAAGGAUUACACAUGAGGAAGGUCUACGAGAACUUAGAAUAUUUAUUAGUCUUUGGAUAGCAGUGAAAGCAUUUGUUGUGAACCAGAAAUUUUUCUUGAUAAUUGUAACAUUAAAAUUAUACAUACUGGGCCUUUCUACGUGUGCAAUUCAAAGGAGAGUAGCAUUAACCUUUGAUAAAUUAAAUGGUUGA